AUGCGUCCCGCGUCGCGCGAUGCAGUUACGGAACGGAUCUGGUCGGCGUGGAUCCGCUUUGCCGUCGUCAGCAUCGUGCUGACGUGGCAUUUGGGAGGGAGUGGCGUGGCAGCGGACGUGAUUGGAUGCGGGGGAUUCGUCCAGGCCAGCAGGCAGCUCGCAUCCCUGCGUGCAGACUCCGAUGCCUCCCUUGAUUAUUCUCGCCUCGUGGUGGAGCUGCGCACACAGGAGGGCAUGGUGAAGGAGCAAGCGCACUGCGCGCCCAAUGGUUACUACUUCCUGCCGGUCUACACUCAGGGAACAUUCGAGCUGGCAGUGCGGGGGCCGCCUGGGUGGUCCUUUGAGCCGGAAAGCGUGUCGGUGACGGUUGAUGGGGAGGCGUGCAAUGGCAACAGGGACGUCAAUUUCCAUCACAAGGGCUUCGGAUUGGCUGGAAAGGUGCUCGGGCCCGAUAGCCCCUCCUGUGCCGACCAGGCCAAGGGACCCGCGGGCAUCACUGUGACUGUAACGAGGGCUGGUAGUGAGGGCGGGGAGGGCAAGGGGGCGGCAGAGGUGGUUGCGACUGCAGUGACGGAUGGGCGUGGUGCUUUCCGUUUCUCCGACCUGCUUGUUGGCACAUACUCCCUCUCCGCCUCUCACCCCACGUGGCCCAUCAAGCUGCUCGGCAAUCCCAAGGUCGACCUGGGAUGGGGCAGCAUGGAGCUCCCGGAUCUCUUCCAAGUGGCGGGCUAUAGUCUGUCUGGCUCGGUGGAGGCACAGAAAAACCCAGUCCCUGGGGUGCAGAUCUUCCUUUUCUCCGACUCCGUCCAGAAAAUUCCCACCUGCCCGGCCGGCCCGGGCAGCUCUCCGCUGCCCGGAAAAACUCCUCUCUGCCACACGACCUCCGGGGCGGACGGGCGGUUCUCCUUCCGCGAGCUGCCAUGUGGCGCGUUCUCAUUGGUCCCGCAGUACAAGGGAGAGGCGACGGUGUUUGAGAUGGCUCCCAAGGAGAUGGCAGUGGCGGUGGGGCAUGCAGAUGCCGCUACAGCAGAGCCGUUCCAGGUCCGCGGGUUCUCUGUAUCUGGACGCGUGGAGGACAGCGCAGGGGAGGGCGUGGAGGGAGCAACCGUGCUGCUCAACGGCCAGCCACGCGCCGUAACAGAUGCUCAGGGUCAGUACAGCCUGCACCAGAUAACAUCGGGCCAGUACGCCCUAUCCGCCACGAAGACUCGCUACGCCUUCACGCCCCUCCCCGCGCUCUCCAUCCUCCCCUCCGCCUCCCUCCUCCCCCCUCUCCGCGCCUCGCUCUACGAGCUGUGUGUCGCGACGCUAUUGGACGAGGGGUCGGCGUUCCAAGCGGGCGGCAGGCAGGUGGCUCUGACGGGCGGCGGAGGGGAGGAGGUGGCACCACAAGCCAAGAAGACGGAUGCGGAUGGGAGAGUGUGCUUCAUGGUCCCACCAGGCACCUACCAGCUCGCCCCACACGUCCUAUCAGCCGAGGCAGCAGCCGGGCUGGCAUCCCCACCUUCCCCUGGCCACCAUGUCGUGACUGCAUCUCUCACAUCCGCGCCUGUCACAGGGGUCUCCUUCAACCAAUCGCAUCUCUCCGUUUCUGGCCGGGUGAUCUGCAUCGACGGCUGUGAUCGCUCCGUCCGUGUCUCCCUCACGCGCAUCGGACCGUUGACUGGGUCUGCUGAGUCUUCUGGUGAUGCUGCUGCUCCUGCGGGUGCCUCGCCUCGAUCGCUCUUCUUGAAGGAAAAAGAUGGGUCGUUUUCGUUCAAGAAAGUGGUUCCUGGGAUAUACAGAAUCGAGGCAUCGAAGCAAGUGAUCCAGGGGAGUGACAUGGCGGGCGACGAGUGGUGCUGGAAGGCGCAGUCCGCUGACGUGGCGGUCUCCGAUUCGUCCGUGGAGGGCGUGGCACUGGAGCAGAGCGGAUGGAGGGUGGAGAUCGAUGCAGCGAUGGAGGACACAGUCAGCAUGGUGCACGGGGAAACGGCCCUACCACCUGUGAAACUUAAGAAGGGGCUGCAGCACGUGUGUGUGGCUGCCAGUGGCAGCUACAGCCUGCGCUUCCCUGACUCGUGCGCCAUGUACGGGGAGGGGGAGGGCGUCUACUACCACACGCAGGAGUUGAAGGUGAUUCGUCUGCACCCAACAGCCUACAGGGUCUCCGGGCUGGUCCAAGUAAAUGCGUCUCUCUUCCCAGCUGCUGCCUCUAUCGCCCCCCACGCCUCUGCCCGCCUCUUCAGCCCCACCAACGGCUCCCUGCUCUCCCACGCGCACCUCUCCCUCGUCUCUGCCCCCAAUGCCACACACCCGGUUGUGGUGUAUGCGCAAGAGCAUUGGGUGGAGGGAGGGGGAGAGCUGCUGCUGGGGUGGUACCAUGAUGGCGGGGUGGGAGAUGAUGGAUCGACCCUGGAUGAUGUUGCUGAUGCCCUCAAAAGUGCGCACAUCUCCACAUUGGAGCGAGAGCAGCCACCCUCAGGGGCAGAUGCCUCACCGGUCUUCCCUCCUCCCAAGCGCCUGCUCUUCUACCCGCGCUCGCUCAAGGUGCAAGUGACGCCCCUGCAGUGCCCCCCUCCCCUGCCUCCCGUUGAGGCUCGCCCCGGCCUCUACCUCACAGGCUGGCUGUUCCCCCCUCUGCCACGUAUCAACGUGUCAGUGGUUGCUGACACUGACAGUGCAAAUGCAGGGUGGCAGAAGGGGCAGACGGGCUACGAUUUCAAGGCGCUAGGAGGCAACUCGUUUGAAGCACAAAAGCUCGCUUCAAUCGCCGUCAGAAUUGCCACAUCAGCAGAAACUUCCACGGCCAAUGAGCCGCUGCCAUCUGUCCUUCUCUCUCUCACCGGAGACGCCAGCUUCAGGCGCAACGAGGCGACAUCGCCCGGGCAGAAUGUUUUCGCGUUCGAGGGUUUGUUUCCGGGCAGCUACUACCUGCGGCCAGUGUUGAAGGAGUAUGAAUUUUCGCCGGCUGCCCGCCCGAUCAAUUUGCAGUCCGGGCAGGAGGUGGACGUGGCAUUUACUGCGAAACGGGUUGCCUUCAGUGUGCUGGGGUCAGUCCAUUCCCUGUCAGGAGCGCCAGAGGCAGGCGUGCAGGUGGAGGCGAGGGAGGUGGCACCUGGGGGAGGCGGUUCACAGCAGUCAUCUCACUACGAGAUGGCAGUCACUAACGAGGAUGGGGAGUACAGGCUGAGGGGGCUGCGACCGGGAGGGGUUUAUCUGGUGGAGGUGGCAGUGAGGGCCAGUGCUGCUAAGGACGCGGCCUCGCUGCCCCGAUUCGAGCGCGCAUCACCGAACCAGGCUGUGCUGACAGUCACAGGAGACGUCCCGAACGUCAACUUUGUGGUCUUCAACUCGCCUCCGGGUGUGACUAUCACGGGGGCAGUGAGCGGCAGAGACAUAGCCAAGUGGUUGCCAAACCUCUACGUCGAUCUCUUCCCCGGCGUGACUGUACCUGCAAGUGACAAUAACGAGGGGACUGGUGCAGCGGCGGCAGCAGCAGCAGAAGCAGAUGGAAGCUCCGAGGAAGCUUCCACUCUCCCUGUCUUCUCUUCCACUCCCAUUCGCUCCAUCUCCGUCCCGCUCUCGCGAUUCUUCGAGUUUCGCGACCUGCCCAGGGGCGUGUACCUCGUAAAACUUCGUCUCGGGCUGCCCGGAAAAUCGCACGUGUUUGAGAGCGAGGGCAGGGAGGUGGAUGUGAGGGAGGCGGUAACCGCGCAUGGGGGGACACUGCGUUUCCGAGCUGAAGAGCGAAGAUCAAAUGAGGACCUUGCUCCAACCCCCCUUCUCCCGGUGCUGCUUGCAAUUGCUGUCAUCUCGGUUAUUGCAUCCCUGCCCAAGCUGCAGCAGUUGGCUGCAGGAGUGGCAUCCAGUGGGAGUACGACACCUGGUUCAGCUGGUGGCGACAGCUCAGCAGCACCAGGUGCUGCUGGGGGUUGGGGGGGCUCCAGUGGAGAUGCUCGUGGAAAGAACGAGUCUUUGGGAAGUCCGAGUCGGGGAGAAAGUCGCGACGGGUCUCUCGUUCCGCGCGGUACGACAUCCGUCGCGCGUGUGUUUACAUCUAAGCGAGGUGUUCUAUCCGCUCAGGCAGGAGCACAGCAGAUCAGCUUCUCGGCCACGUGUCAACGUAGAGCGCAGCGCCAGGCAGUUGCACCAACGGCUAGUUUCCCCCGCAACCCCGCGUUCCGCGCUUCCGCCGCUUCCCCCUCCGCGCCGUCCUCCGCCUUCCUAGGCCAGCAGGACUCCCUCCGCUUGCGCAAGGCCUCCCCCUCCGCCGUCUCCCCUUCCGUACCCCGCCGGCGCGUCUCCCCCGUGAGAGCUGCGGAUGGCGACAGCGACGUCCCCGCGUUCAAGGGCUUUCCGCCGAUGCAGACGCGGCCCGCGUGGUACUGGCGAAUCGCAGCCGUCGUUCCGUACCUGCUGCCGCUCUGCGAGGCGUGGAUCUACAGCGAAACGGCUCAAUCGCUCUUCCAUUUCCUCUUCACUUACGAGCAGCUGUGCCAGCCGUUCCUGAUGCUGCUGGGUCUGCUCCCCUCCUGGUUCAUGCUGGCUUACUUCUUCGGAGCGUACCUUGGGGUUGUCAGGAACAACCGCUGGCCGCAUUUCCUGCGGUUCCACGUGGUUACCGGGAUGCUUCUGGAGAUUAUCCUUCAGGUUGUCGGGACGCUGAAUGAUUGGAUUCCCAAGUCGGUGUACUGGGGGAAGAUCGGCGCGCACUUUUGGCUCGCUAUUGCGGUCGCGUUUAUCUUUAUCGUGCUCGAGUGCAUCUGGUGCGCGAUUCGCGGGACGUAUGCUGACGUGCCGUUUAUUUCAGAUGCGGCGUACAUGCAGAUCCCGUACGAGUAA